AAGACUAAAAGACUAAAAGUCUAAAAGUCUAAAAGACUAAAAGACUAAAAGUCUAAAAGACUAAAAGACUAAAAGUCUAAAAGUCUAAAAGACUAAAAGACUAAAAGACUAGAAGUCUAAAAGUCUACAAGACUAUAAGGGGGCGACUUACAAGACUAUAAGUCUAAAAGUCUACAAGACUAUAAGGAGAUGGCUUACAAGACUAUAAGUCUAAAAGUCUGCCCAAAGGCAGACCUCAAAACACUAGGAUUCACAAUGAAGGCCCAAAUGAAGAACUCCGUGGUGAUAGGACCCCCCGCGGCCGGAGCUUUCAAGGAGAGACCGUUAAAACCGACCCUUUUUCGGAAAUUCUACGAGCGAGGCGACUUGCCCAUUGCGCUGAAACACGACACCAAAGGCCAUCAAAUCGCCUGGAAAGUAGAAAUAGAAAAGCUGGACUACCACCACUACCUGCCACUGUUUUUCGACGGGCUAUGCGAGACGGUGCACCCAUACGAGUUCUUCGCUCGACAGGGGAUCCAUGAUAUGUUGGAGCAUGGAGGUCCCAAGAUUCAACCAGUCAUCCCGCAGCUCAUCAUCCCAAUCCGGAAUGCCUUGAACACAAGGAACCGCCAGGUCAUCUGCACCACCCUUAAAGUCAUUCAACACCUGGUCAUGUCCGGAGAGAUGGUAGGAGAGUCUCUAGUGCCAUAUUACCGACAAAUCUUGCCCAUUUUAAACAUCUUCAAGAAUAUGAACAUAAACUCCGGAGAUGGGAUCGACUACAGCCAGCAGAAGAGGCAAAACAUAGGAGACCUCAUCCAGGAAACUCUGGAGAUCCUGGAGCGCUACGGAGGAAUGGAGGCCUUCAUCAACAUCAAGUACAUGGUGCCCACCUACGAGUCCUGCAUGAUCAACUGA